AAUAUUGUCCCAAAGAGUGAUCAUGGAAAGGAAGAACUUAGAAGCACAGCUGAUGUACUCAAGUUACUUAAAAAGCCAACAGCUACAGACACGGUUAUAACCGGUGAAUCAAGGUCUCAAAACAACUGUUUUUCACAGAGCUUACAGCCUUCAAAAGUGACUGAAAGUCUUUCCGUUCGUUCUAAUUUAACCGAGGCAUUGGAUACGUUAAAUUCAUCAUCUAACAAAGAUGAACGAGGUCAAGUAAGACCUGAAGGUGGAACAUCUGUGUCAAAACUUGAUAAAUCUGACCUUCCGACAGAAAAUCAAGGAACAAAUGAGUCAAGUUACUACAGUGUUAUGUGGUGCAAACUCUCCAAGAAAAAGCACAAGAAGUGGGAAGGAGAUGCAAUCUUAAUCGUGAGAAGAAGAACCGCUGUGCUGAAAAACCUUGAAGGAAAAGAGAUUGGACGAGGAACUGGUUACAAAGUUAAGGAAUUAGAAAGUUUGGAAGAUGGUCAAACACUGGUAGUUGGAGGAAAGGAAUGUGAAAUUCAGAAUCCAUUACCAGAAGAAGACUACAUUAAUGGAAAAUGUUUUCAGAUUCUCAGUUCAUCAACACCUGUAGAGUUGCCAACUAUCAAAAAACCCUUUGUCAGACCAUCUAAACCAGGAACUCAAACAUUGAUUCCACUAAUCAGCUCUUCUAAACUUAAUCCACGGCAUCCGACUGAUGGUACCAAUGCUCUUGUUAUGCCUCGACCAUCCUCAACUCACCAGUGGCAAUUCAACAAGGGAAAUUUACAUGUUGUAGAUGUAGUCGUGGAUCCUAUACUAACAGCUCAUCUGAGGCCUCACCAGAGGGAGGGUGUUGUCUUUCUGUACGAGUGCAUCAUGGGAAUGAGAGACUUUAGUGGACAAGGAGCCAUUCUUGCGGAUGAGAUGGGCCUGGGAAAGACCUUACAGUGCAUUACAUUGAUUUGGACAAUGUACAAACAAGGACCCUAUGGUGGACGUCCUGUUUUGAAAAAGGCACUGAUUGUCACACCAAGUAGUUUGAUUAAAAACUGGGUAAAGGAAUUCAGGAAAUGGCUUGGAAAAGACAGGCUGUCUGUAUUUGCUGUCGACCAGUAUAACAAAGUUCAAGACUUUAUUCGUUCUCCGUUACAUGCUGUCCUAGUAAUAUCUUAUGAAAUGUAUGUACGACACCAUGAUAUCUUGGGUCAAGUGAGUUUUGAUCUGUUAAUAUGUGAUGAAGGACAUAGACUGAAAAACACAGGGAUAAAAACUACAAAUGUUAUCAACAACCAGCCUGUCAAACGAAGAGUUCUUCUCACAGGAACUCCUGUUCAGAAUGACCUUCAAGAGUUUUUCUCACUGGUAGAGUUCUGUAAUCCUGGAGUCCUUGGUACUCCUGCAUCGUUUCGUCGGCUCUUUGAAGAUCCUAUAAUCAGGUCUAACCAGCCGAGUGCUUCCUCUGAAGAAAAAUUUGUUGGUGAGGCCAGAGCUGCUGAGUUGUCUCAUCUUACCAGUCUCUUUGUUCUUCGUAGAACUCAAGAAGUUAUUAAUAAAUACUUGCCUCGAAAAGUGGAAUAUGUUAUUUUUUGUCAACCAACGAAACUUCAGCUCGCCUUGUAUCAACAAAUUUUAACAUCAAGAGUGUUGCAAAGAUGCUUAUCCUUUCGAGGCAGAGCAGAAGACUCUAGUCAUCUGGUGUGUAUUUCUGCAUUAAGGAAACUAUGUAACCACCCUCAUCUUUUGUACAAAAGAGCCAAAGAAAUCUUAUCUGCCGGGAAAAUUGAAGAAGAGGAGGAAUCUCUGUAUGAACACAUUCUGUCAGAAUUUCCAGCUGACUUUGAACAACACUCUUUUGAAGAGAACUCGGGGAAACUUAGAGUACUCUCACACCUUAUGUAUAGCCUGAAUUCUUCGGGAAACAACGAAAAGAUUGUUUUAGUUUCUUGUUUCACCAAGACACUGGAUAUAUUGCAGCAGAUGUGUGUCCAGUAUGGUUAUUCCUUUCUGCGACUCGAUGGUUCUACGCCCUCCGCGAACAGGCAAGAGCUUGUUGACUCUUUCAAUGCUCCGUAUUCAAACCACUCCGUCUUUCUCCUCAGUUCAAAGGCAGGGGGGACUGGUUUAAAUCUGAUUGGAGCUUCUCGUAUCCUCUUGUACGAUAUUGACUGGAAUCCAGCUAAUGAUCUUCAAGCCAUGGCUCGUGUUUGGCGUGAUGGACAGAAACGUCAAGUUCAUGUGUACAGGUUACUUACUACAGGUACUAUUGAGGAGAAGAUUUAUCAACGUCAGGUCACCAAACAAGGUCUGAGUGGUAAAGUAGUUGAUUCCAAAGAUGCUUGCAAAGUACAGUUCUCUAAGGAAGACCUCAAGGAUCUCUUCAGUCUUCAGAAAUCUUCCACCUCCACCACCCAUGAUCUACUUGGAUGUACUUGCUGUGAUACUGAAAGUCCAUCCGAGACCGUCUUAAAAGAUGAUACUUCACAUCAGGAAAGAUUAUGUCAGCUAGGCGUGAGUAAGCAAGUGUCUUUGGUCAAGCAUACAAGUAUGGCUGAUCUUUUAAAGUGGGACCAUAUUCCAGGACCACUAGAUCCUGAUACCUUUGAAGAUAAGUCCCUGGCCAUGGCAAGUGAAGAAAUCACUUUUGUUUUCAGAAAUAAGUGUUUUGAAACUCGUCGAGACUCCAAGCUUUCUUUCUCGGAUAGAUAAUGAUGGCAGAUAUUCUGUACUACAAGACUGUUGGAAGUUUGCUAGGGCAAUGAAUUGGUUCUUUCCGUUCACGUACAGUAAACCAGAAAGAAAAACUUUCAUCGGAACCCCUUAAAAAAAGUUGGGAAAAAUAGAGAAAUCAUAAUGAGAUAUUCAAGUAUUUUUCAACUUUAUAGAAAAUGGGAGGUUCUUCAGAUAUCCUGUGCACAAAGUUAAAAGCUUGAUGUAGCUACUGAUGGUGAAUUUCAGUUGAAAGGAAUAAAACUGAAUACUUACAGCACCAGACAUUCAAGAAGUGGUUGCUACAUGUGCCAUAUAAAUCAUUGUCUUAGAAUCCUAAACCUGUUUGUUCAAAUGAAUACUGGUAGCAUAAGCUUUUAAUUUAUUUUAUGUGAACGAAUUAAUACUGACUCUCUCAUUCAUGCAUUGUUUACAUUUAUAUAACAUAAUAAAAGCAUAAUCUAUUUUUCUGAUAUUUUUAUAAAUAAGAAUACAGGUUUCGAUUGUGUACAUCACUGUGAUAUGUGUCCUUGUAUACUGUAUUUGUUGCCUUCAAUAAAUUUAUC